AGCGAAGGAUGGAGGGCGAAGAAGAGGUAGAUGCGCACCUUGCUAGGCGCCGCACACGGCAUCGAGCCUGUUGAAGCUACAAGACAGCACUCCGAUCCAUAGCUUUCGCGACUUGGUCGCACGAUGGCUGCCAGCUGUAGUGCCGCAGCCCAGGUGAGAGAAGAGGAAGCUGCAGGCCAAGCAAAAUCCCUACAUCAUGACGUGAACAAUUUGUGCUGUCUGUGUGUGGUUUGUCAUUCGCUUUGGUGCAGAUGAGCGCAGUGAUCCGGGCGCAGCUGCUGCCUCAGGUAGAAGGCUAUCGGAUGAAGCAGGCUCAGGUAUCAGCUGACCAAAACACCAAAACCAACUCGUCCAUCCAUGCAGUGCAUCCAGCGCUCAUCGGCUGCUGGUGUCUGUGUGUGUGUGUGGUGCAGGUCAACAGUUGCAUCGACCAACUCCUGCAGAUGGACACCGCUGCUGCGAUGGCACCACUGGUGCGGCAGGCUGCCAAACACACCGCACACCACAAAGCCCUCUGUUGCUCUCGUCGACUUGAUUCAUUCAUCAGAUGGUGGCCAAGGUGAGUCGUCAAUUUGCUGCUGUGUCCGACCUGCUGGCCGAGUUGGCAGACACCAUCAACUCGACCAUCGCACUGACAAGACAUAGCUGGACACAGGUGAGGGAGUGACUGAUCACAGGCAGGCACAAACGCAAGACCCACACUGAUGUGGUGUGUACGUCUCAUGUGUGUGUUGUGUGCAUGUCCUUCUUUCUGUGUGCAAUCAGGCGCGACGGCUGCACCUGACUGACAUCCCCGCCAACCCCAUGAGCGUCGUCAUGGAACUGUCUGACCUCACCACCAUCGCCCACGUCAAGUCGACAGCCCGACCCAUCAGAAAUGCCCUCUGGCCGAUCGUGCGCAACCUUCGGCUGCCGAAGGCCAUCGAGCGGGCGGGGGUUAAUGGCGUGGUGCAGUUCGACGAUCAGCUGAGCGACGGCGAUGUGAUGAAGGCCAUGUGGGUGGUGGAGGAGGGGGGCGAGGGCGGCUGGGGGGAGGUGGACGACACACUGAGACUCUCGGAGCAUUGCGGCUAUUCCCAGCUGCCGAUCACUGUGGCUGCUGGAGACCUGCAGAUACACGCCACCAAGGCGGUAAACACAACAAACAGGAGAGGCAAUGGGUGAGCUGCUGGAUGUGUGUGUGUUGGGUGCAGAAUUUCUUGGCACUGCCCCGUUUCUGUGCGCAGUGGAUGCUCGUGGGCUGCCAUGUCGUCCUCCGCCGCCCCACUGGCCAGCAGGACGGCACACUACAGCUGUUCCGCCACAACGAUCAGAUCCGCGCCAUCCGCAACGAGCCCAACUUCACCAUCACACCCAACCCACCCCUCCCCCUCCCCAACCGCCCCGUCCACCCCUUCUCGCAACACCCCUUCACCCACCACGCCAAGCCACACGACCCGCCAGUCAGCAGCCGCAUUACGUGGCAAAAUGGUGUGGGCUGGGUGACGAUUGGCGUCAACGACGGGCCUCUUUACGCAUCGGCGAGUUCCAUGUUGAAGGACCUGGUCCUGUGUCACCGGCUGUUGGCUGUGAGCGGCUUCACCGACUCGCCAGCAGUGGUGGUUGACCGGUGAGUGAAUGGACGGCACGCAAUGAGAGGGCGAAUGGCUAUGUGGUGCGUCAUUGAUGUGUGUGUCAGGAGUGCGCAUGGUGGCCACCUCGACGGCAUCAUCACCCAAUCGCCGCACAGGCCCCUCGCCGAGUGCCCGGACGUGACGGCAUUUGAGGGGGCCAAUGGGCGGUGUAUGCAGUCGCAUGUGCUGACGACGUCGGACGACCCAUUCAUCGCAUGGACUUACUUUGGCAUCUUCCCAGGCGACAACCAGGACGGUACGAUACACAUUGACAACACAUCCAUGCUGUCGUGUCGUCUGAUCAUCCGCUUUGCUGUUGUCUGCAUGCAGUGCGCGUCAUCAUCCGUACCAGCGAGGCGCCAGCAGCAGGUGUCCCUCAGGAUGCGCCCUUCGCCCAGCGGUUCCCCCUGACGGCCGCCAAGGUGCGUUGCGUCCUCGGCCUCAUCGCACCCAUCGUGCUUGAUGGCCAGGCGCCAUAG